AUGCCGCUGACACGCAGCGCCGGCCGGAGUAGUCUGGCCCAAAAUAGCAAUCAGAGCAUCCGGCGAAACCCAAGUCGUCAGUCCACGGCUGGCGCUUCUCCUCCCGGAUCGCCUAGUCGCCGUAGGAGGAGCACCAGAAUAGCAGCCGGGCAUGGCAGCAGGGCAGGCAACAGGGUGAAAAGAACUUCACGCUUGGCAAAAGUCUCCCAGAACCUUUCAUCUGCAAGCAGAGGAGACAAGCCGAAGAGCAAAAGCCGCCCUGGUACUGCCACCAAUUCUCCCAGCAAGCGGCGACAAACGGCGACGCAGAGCAAAGACGAGGAUGAGGCGCCGCUGGUUGGAGGUUCAGAUUGGACGGAUCCUCGGAUUCCCUACCAGUUCUGGGUUGAUGUGUUCUUGUAUGUCCGCGACAAUGGCGGCGCAGACACGCCAAGCGCACACUGGUUCAUCCAAGUCGCUACUUGCUGCAAGGCAUUGUCUGAGCCAGCUCUGACGGCAAUUUAUCGCUGCCCGACUAUAAGGCAUGCUUCCAAGGCUAGGCGGCUGGCUGCGUUGCUCGAGCGCUGUCCUACAGAGACACGGUUCAACUACCGGAGAAAAAUAGAAUUCCUUCACAUCGAUAUCCAUAUUGUGCCUCAGGGUAUCAUUUCUCAGCUUGUCCGCCCCCUGACCCGCCUGAGAGAACUCAUCUUUUAUACUCCCCUGGACCAGCCACCCUACAGGGAGCUUGAUUCACAUAUUAGAUGGAAUUAUUCAGAGGACAUCUUCCUUGCUCUUGCAUCGCCAUCUGACGACUCGCUCGCAGAGCAGCUGGCCCCUAUUAGUCUCAAAAGCUGGGAGUGGAGUGGGAGACUACUCGGCGGUUAUGUUGCGAAUAUCAACGACAUUGUUCAAGUCCACCAAGUGCCGUCAUUCGCUCAUCUUACGCGACUGAGCUUUACGAAUUUCCAGGUACCAUCGCUGAGAGGUUUACAGCAGAGGCCCGAGAAUAAUGGAGACGACCUGCAAAUCACCCUUGAAGACAACGCGGCCAUUGAUGCCAUGGCGGAUGCCAUUGCGCAACUCAGAUAUCUCAAGCACCUCGUUUUCGAGUCUUCUACUGUCAUGACGGACCGGCUGCUUCCCCUCCUACCCAAAGACCUCCACCACUUGGAACUCAUCAACUGCUGGGAAAUCAAAUCUGAAGACCUUGCCGCAUUUCUCCUCACCCAUGGCAAUAGCCUUCGUGCCCUUACUCUACUGCACAACCAGUCUUUGAAUCUUGCCUUUUUGACAGUUCUGGAAGAGGCUUGUCCCAAUUUGCGAGAGUUGCGCAUGAAUAUGUCCUAUUUUCGACAUCAUGAUUCAUUAAAUGAUGCAGACCCAAUGUAUGAUUUCGCCCUUCUCCCACACCAGGUGCCCACAUGGCCCGCUAGUAUUCGCCUAAUCGACAUCGAACAUAUCCGGAACUGGUUUGUCGACACUGCAAAAAUGUUCAUUCAGUCGCUUGUUGAUAACGGUAGAAAUCUACCGAAUCUGCGCCAUCUAGUCAUUAAAACUAUGCUUGACAUCCCAUGGCAGGCUCGAGCGACUCUUAGGUCUGAAAUAAGACCCAUGGUCGAACGUGUAUUCCUCCGGAAGGUUGAGCCUCCGCAGGAUAACAUGGCUAUCCAGCAAAAAGACGACACUCACGAACAUACUAGAUCGCGCAAAAGGAAGCGAACCCCGUCAUCGACCUCUCCAUUACGCAGGAGUGGCAGGAUUGAAGCACACGCCAAUGACUCACCCCGCCGUUCCAGAAGAGACAACAAGUUGCAGCGAGGCCAGCCCGGAAGGGGAAUGUACAGAGUGCCUGACACUGACGAGGAUGAGAGUGACAUAUCAGAGGAGUCUGACAGUGCGGUGUCCGAUGUUCAGCACAGCCCAACUGCUGAUGAGCCCGCGAUCCAGGGUCUCUGCAAUACCGUCAAUAUUGUAUUUGAUAAUCAGAAAGUGAGGGAGCUACAAUACAGCAUGGAAGAUUUCCUUGCUGAUGACGAUGAGUCUUCGGGCGAGGAGUGGGAUGGAGAUGAGGACGAAUUCGACGACAAUACCAUUGCAUUUUAG